AGUAAUCAAAGGAGCGAAAGUCUAAAUUCUACGCUUCAUGUGCAGCUGGACAGGAGAAUGAGACUUAUUGAUUUGCUGCAACACCAUGAGCAUUGCAUCUCAGUUAUGCGAAGGAAUGAGGCUGCAAUGGAUGUCGUGGCCUCGCAGACGGUGCCCUUCACUGAAUUAAUGGCUGACCCACUGGAGAAAAAUGCGUCAUAUAUCUACACCCCUAUAAUGUUCGAGAAGGUUAAGGGGGAGAUCGUGAGGUUAUCAAAAUGGCAAGUCGAGGAGGUGAACAAGGAAGAUAGUUUGACGAGGUUUGCAGUUGUUCAUAAAGAGGGGAGGCAAGUAAGAUUUGAUGUGAGGUGUGUUUAUGUGGGCUCGGUGAUAGCGAGUGUGCACUGCCAAUGCCGGAAGAUGGAGAGUGAGGAUAUUCCAUGCACACAUAUAUUUGCUAUUCUGAAGUGCGUUGGGUUAGACACCAUUCCUAGUUGUUGUGUUGCUAAAAGAUGGACGAUGAAAGCCAAGCCUGCCUUCGAUUCAGACAGGAGUGCCAGUACGCAACAAUGGUCAGAACGGAUGGAUCGUUUCCAUGAGAUCCGUAACGAUGCAAGCGUUGCUUUUUUUAAGGCUUCGAAAUCCGCAGCGCAAUCAGAGAGGGUGAUGGCAUUUCUCAACAGUAUUAUUGAUGAGGGUGAGAAUGACGAGAAUACUAACAUAGCAUCAUUUGGUCCUUUUCCGGCAUAUUUUUCUGGGGCACGCCAAACCUUCACAACUAAAGUUCUGGAUCCAAUACCAAUUAUUCCAAAAGGUGCUCCAUCGAAGGGCAGGUUGAAGCCAUUCCAGGAGACUAUGAAGAAAAAGAAGCCCAAACAUGACUGCGGGCAAAGUUGGACAGGCGUUAAUUAUGCUGAAGAGCCACACAUCAGUUGAAUCAGCUAUCUACUUGUCUAAACUUUUUAAAAGUGUCAGGAUUUUCAAGUGUCUUGAUGUAAUUUUCCCUUUGGAUAUUGAACAUUUUCCU